AUGGCAGGAACCCGACCAGGGACAGGACCAGCAGCCCGCCUGUACCGGCAGAUCAAACGGCAUCCAGCGCUCAUCCCCAUGAUCGGUUUUAUUGGCUUGGGCCUCGGCAGCGCCGCUCUCUACCUGCUACGACUCGCUUUGCGCAGCCCGGACGUCUGCUGGGAUCGAAAGAACAAUCCAGAACCCUGGAACCGCCUGAGUCCCAAUGACCAAUAUAAGUUCCUCGCAGUAUCCACUGACUACAAGAAGCUCAAGAAGGACCGGCCUGACUUCUAA